AUUGCGUUAAGUCCGAACUCAUCAUAUAAAGGCCGAUUCCAUGAAACCUGCUUCACAACCUCUGAUCAACUACAAAAUUCACCUUGCCUCGAAGCACAGGUUUAUCACUCCCCAAGCCAUUGUCUAACACAGCAGAAAUGUCUCCAACCGACGUCUUCAGCCCAGGCUCUACUGCAUUGAUCACGGGAGCUGGCUCAGGCAUCGGUCUGGCUAUUGCCAAAACAUGUCGCAGCAGGGGCAUGCGCACAUUGCUCGUAGAUAACAACGAGGAAGCUCUGGGGGCUCUGACUAAGACGCACUUCCCCAAUGACUCUGACGUCGUUACCUCCAAGGUUGAUGUCUCAUCGACCUCGGACUGGCAGGCGCUGAAGAAGCUCGCCUUGGACAAGUUUGGCAGCAUUGAGUUAUUGGUCUUGAACGCUGGCCGAGGUUUGAGGGGCACCUGGGGAGAUGAUGAUUACUUCAGAGAUACCCUUGAAACCAAUUUAUUCGGUGUCAUUCACGGCAUAAACACGUUUCUCUCCGUGGUCCAAGACGCCGCCAAGUCAAAACCAACGAGUAUCGUCAUCACUGGUAGCAAGCAGGGUAUUACCAACCCACCUGGAAAUCCAGCAUACAAUGCCUCCAAAGCUGCAGUCAAGACUCUUGCUGAGCAUUUGAGCUGGGACCUGAAAGACACAAGCACCAGCGUGCAUCUGCUUGUGCCUGGAUGGACUUACACUGGUCUGACAAGGGCAACGCCGGAUGGUGUGAAGCCAGCUGGAGCUUGGACAGCGGAACAGGUGGCAGAUUAUCUCUAUGAGAAGAUGGGGAAGAACGAAUUCUACAUCAUCUGCCCCGACAACGAUGUUACAGAGGAGCAAGACAAGAAGCGUAUGACUUGGGCUGCAGGUGAUGUUGUUCAGAGACGGCCGCCUUUGUCUCGAUGGCGUGGCGAGUGGAAGCAGGAAGCUGAAGAAACCAUGGCUAAGAUGGAUCUCUAAAAUCAUGGGACUUGAGGUGGCGAGUAAUUGACAAGAUAUAGCAACCCGAGUCAUCAGUGAAUCCAAAACAGGCUAUUCGGUACCUUCUCAAUCAAUUGGGUGUUGAAUCGAUAGUGU